GCUGUUGCUGCUGCUGUUCGGCGCCGGCCCUGGCUCGGGCUCCGGCGGGCGGGCAGGGAGGGCGGGAGGAUGAGCGGCGCCUUGCGCGACGUCUCCUUGCAGGACCCGCGCCGUCGCUACGAGCUGGUCCAGCGCAUCGGCUCCGGCACCUACGGCGAUGUCUACAAGGCCCGUGACACGGAGACUGGGGAACUGGCGGCCAUUAAGAUAGUGAAGCUUGAUCCAGGGGACGACAUCGGAUCCAUCCAGCAGGAGAUCACCACGCUCCGGGAUUGCCGCCACCCCAACGUGGUGGCCUAUUUUGGCAGCUACCUCAGGAAUGAGCGCCUCUGGAUCUGUAUGGAAUACUGUGGAGGGGGAUCCCUUCAGGAGAUCUACCACACCACUGGUCCCCUCUCGGAGAAGCAGAUUGCCUACGUCUGCCGGGAGACCCUCCAGGGCCUUCACCACCUACACACCAAAGGGAAGAUGCACAGGGACAUAAAGGGGGCCAACAUCCUGCUUACAGCCAACGGAGACGUGAAACUCGCGGAUUUUGGGGUCUCUGCAGAGCUGACGGCGUCUGUGGCGAAGCGGAACUCCUUCAUUGGGACCCCCUAUUGGAUGGCGCCAGAGGUGGCUGCGGUGGAGAAGAAAGGAGGCUACAACCACCUGUGCGAUAUCUGGGCCCUCGGCAUCACGGCCAUUGAGCUGGCGGAGCUGCAGCCGCCCCUCUUCGACCUGCACCCCAUGAGGGCCUUGAUGCUGAUGUCGAAAAGCAGCUUCCAGCCCCCCAAGCUAAAAGACAAGGCCUGCUGGUCGGCAGAUUUUCACCAUUUCCUCAAACUCUCCUUAACCAAGAACCCCAAAAAGCGUCCCGUGGCAGAAAAACUCCUGCAGCAUCCUUUUGUUAGCCAGCCAUUGGCUCGCGUCUUAGCCAUCGAGCUACUGGAUAAAGCCACGAACCCAGAUUUGGCAGCGGCUGCCCUGGUGGACGAUGGAGACUUAGAGGCUUAUGAAGUUUUUCCUGACAAAAUCCGUUCCCAUCGGCCACACGGGCCAGUUGAAGGGACCCUUGCAGAGAUCCAGUUUAAUCAGGUCAAGUUCGGGCCCCCGCUGAGGAAAGAAACAGAGCCUUGGUGCAGUCUGAAGGAAGAGGAAGAGGAAAACUGGAUGGUGUUAGGAGAUGGAGAGAGCCUCCUUCAGUCGGUGGAAGAAGCACUAGAGGAGAGGAGCCUCACCAUUCGCCCAGCAGGCACCACAGAGAAGGUCCAUGAGGAACAGUGGCCCAGCAGCACUGGUGAGGUGGACAUGAGCACCAUCAAGAGGGGGCCCCUGUGGGAUUUUCUCAACCUGGAGCUGGCCUAUAAGGCUCCCUGGGAGCUCGAGGAGGGCCUUGACUUCCCAGCCCCCGAGUGUCAAAGAAGCCAGAGCCUACCAGACAACGCAGAUCUGGGCGAUCCUUCAGAUACCUCACGGACAGGCUCCCCGAAGCCUGUGGACUCGCUCCUCUCCACAGAAUGGGCUACCAUGAAGAGGAAGGAAGAGGCCACUAGGCUGCUGUGUCAUGGGUUGCCUCCCACUCCAAAAGUCCACAUGGGGGCCUGUUUCUCCAAAGUCUUCAACGGCUGUCCGCUGAAAAUCAACUCGGCUACGACGUGGAUCCACCCAGAAACACGAGAUCUCUACCUAGUGGUGGGAGCCGAAGAAGGCAUCUACACACUCAAUAUCCACGAGCUCCAUGAAGACACAAUGGAGAAGCUCCUUCCACACAGGUGCUCUUGGCUCUACUGUAUGAACAAUGUGCUACUGACCUUAGCUGGGAAGUCCUCCCAGCUCUCUUCCCACAACCUUGUGGGUCUCUUUGAGCAGCGGCGCCAGCUGCAGAAGCGGCAGGUCCCCCUCUCCAUCGCCACCAACCGGCUGACAGAGCGGAUCAUCCCCAGGAAGUUUGCCCUCUCAGCCAAGAUAGCUGACACCAAAGGAUGCUUGAAGUGCCGUGUAGUGCGAAAUCCUUACUCUGGUAGUACCUUCCUCUGUGCUGCACUCCCUUCCAGCCUGGCCCUCCUGCAGUGGUACGAGCCUUUGCAGAAGUUCAUGCUGCUGAAGCACGUCUCUGUGGCGCUGCCCGUCCCGCUGACCCUCUUUGAGCUGCUAGUUGUGGAGACGGAGGAAUACCCGCAAGUGUGCUUGGGGGUCACCGGCACCGACCAGCCAGGGGCGGAGCUGCAUUUCAGCACCCUUUCCCUCAGCACUGGCCUCAGCACUUCAAGCCCUUCAGGUCGGCCCUUGGUCAUGGCCAGCCACGUGACGCAGAUGGACCGAGACACUGUCCUGGUGUGUUUUGAGCGUUGUGUGAGGGUGGUGAACCUCCACGGCGCCCCUCAGGGAGCCCUUCCUCCAGAACUCACGUUCCACUUCCCUAUCGAGACCAUUGUGUGCCUUCAGGACAGUGUCCUGGCCUUCUGGAAACACGGCAUGCAAGGCCGAAGCCUGGAAUCCAGUGAGGUGACGCAGGAGGUGGCGGAUGAGUCCAGAGUGUUCCGGGUCUUGGGAGCUCACAGAGACAUCAUCCUGGAGAGCACCCCUACAGAUAACCCCACGGCGCAGAGCAACCUCUACAUCCUGACGGGUCACGAGAGCAGCUACUGACGACCUCCUUCCAAAGCCUCCAGCCUCUGGGAGGUGGUCAGCUCAGCCUCGUGGGGAUGCACUAUUGUUGGAGACAGAGGGCUGCAAGCCAUGCCUGCCGAUGGCAGAGAUGAUUGCCAACACCUGUGAGUGGCAGAGAGGGGUUGGAAAUCAGAAGAGUCCCCGCUCUGCUGCCACAUACACUGGACACAACCUCGGUUUGGCUCCGGAAAUGCUCUUCGCCCGUCGUCCUUGUCUUCCUGAGAACCUGCUGUGCCCAAGGAUGGGAGGAGCUCUUUCCUCCUGACUUAGGCCAGCAACUCCUGAGAAACUUUUGCAAUAAUUUGACCACUAGCCAUUGGGAAGAAUUUGCAAAUCUUUCCUGGCUGACCCUUUGUGCCUGCUUGAAUGCUUCCCUCCUUCCCUUUAGGAGUUGCGCUCCCGUGAUGCUGUGGAGGGGCGCCAAAAUCUGCUGCCGUGUGAAGACAAUCGUUUGUUGGGUGGGGGAAGCGCACCCCCCCUUCCCUUAGCACUUGAGCUUUAAUUUAAAGGUCUUUCAGGGCACUUUGAGAUUCUGGCCUGCCCCCAUUGACUGGGGGGGGGGGUCGGGCAACAUUUGUUUUGUGGCUGGACAGCUGAGUGGACAAAUGUUGAAGAUGGGCAGGGCUGAGUGAUGAUGAUGAUGAUGAAAGAGGUGGGGUGUCUAUGGGGGUUUGGCGUGUGUGUGUGUGUGUGUGUGUGUGGUUGGGUGUCAUGCUUGUUGAUUGACUAGGUAGGGAGAGUAACUGCCUCCCUGUAUGGAUGGUUGUUAUUUUGGGUGAGACAGUGGUGGCUUAGGUGGCACCUGAGCUCAUCGCCCAACAGAGCCUCUCAGGUGCUCCAGGCCAGUUCUGUCCAUCACUGUAAUUAAUCCCCAUGCAGGACUGUGAAAGGGGCUGUGGAAUCUCUAGUGGAAUCUUUGCAAAUCUCUAGUGGAACCUUUGCAAAUAAACAAAACAAAACCCUACAGUUCCCAGGGGCCUUUAGAGAGAAUGCAAUGCAAGCCAGUUUUGAGAAGGUUUACACUAUGGGAGCCAAACCAGACAGUAUGAUAAACAUCUGCUUCUUGCAUUGCUUGAUGGCCUGUUUUGUUUUUUAUAAAAAGGGGGUGUAACCAAACACAUUAAAUGCAAACUUGCAUGUCAUGUUAUGUGGGGUGUCUUUCGUCCAGCAUGUCAUGGCCUUACCUAUACUGUAGUUGCUAUCUGGAAUGCAAGGAGGAGGAGGCCUGAAUCUUUUCCCCAUGAACCACAGUCCUGAUGAAAAUGGUCCCCAUGAGGGAAUAGGAGCUUCUCUCGCAGGGUAAAUAGCUGCCUGCAGGAUGGUGUGGCAGGAGGGCUGGGGGAAGGAUCCUGAUCCUCAGCUGUUCACUUUAAAGUGCAGUCACACAUUUAAUGUACUGUCUGGGGUUUUGGCCUCCUUUUAGUAGCAUAGAUGUUCACUCUGAGGCAGGCGGUGAAGCUCCAGCUGGGCCAUGUGUUGUGGGUGUCCUGCCCUGGGGGGGGGGUAGGUUGGCUGAAUGACUACUGACUGGACUGCUGCUGUGGUCCUCCUGCCAGGCACACUGACUCAGCUUGCCUUGAAAGCAGAGGAAGGCAGCAUGAGUCACUUCAGGGGAGGUUUGUGUGUGUUUUGGGGGCCCUUCUUUGCUGCCUUUGAAGCCCAGAAGAGACUCCCCAUCAGAAUCACAACUGUGGACCAUCAGGGCUGACCGCAACUCCGCUUAACUUGGAUGCCAGGAACUUUCCUUCCCAGGAUGCCAAUAUCUCUGUGGUUUUUAAUUGCUAAAGCUGGAAUUUAUUGUCUGAGAACAGAGGGGAGAAAACCCAAACUUGAAAAGAAAAUUGCUAUUUAACGUGAGGGUUUGAUAUUAAAUUGUGGUAUUUUA